AUGGCAGGUGGUUUGUUUCAAAGCUUUGUCAUCGCCCUCAGUGGCACCUUUUCCGGUUAUAAACAAGCCGAAGUGAGAGCUCUUAUUGAGAGCCAUGGGGCAAAGUUCAGUCAUUCGGUGACGAGUGACCUCACCCAUCUCAUCACUACUCAGAGAGAGAUCGACAACAAGAACUCCAAGUACAAACAAGCCACCAAGGUCUACAACUGCAAUAUUGUAUCGUUGGACUGGCUGAUCGAAUCGGACAAGGCCAAGAAGCCACUUCCGGAGAAGAGCUACGUCUUGGGCGCAGACUCCAAAGACUCCAAGUCAGACGCCAAAGACGGGGACACAGAGAAACCCGAGAAAAAGAAGCGGACCCUGGAAGAAGCCCUGGAGAUUGAGGAAGACGGCGCGAACAAGAAGCCCAAGGAUGGCCAGAAAAAGGGCGCCAAGUCGGUGGUUGUUCCUGUGGAUGACUGCUGUUAUCUGAGAAGCAGCCACUCUGUGCACAUUGAUGACGCCGGCCUUAUCUGGGACGCGACGCUCAAUCAGACCGUCUCAGCGAACAACAACAACAAAUUUUACCGCAUUCAGAUGUUGACGAACCGAUCGGGAAGCGAGUUUAUGACUUGGACGCGCUGGGGCCGCGUAGGGGAGACCGGUCAAUAUUCACUUCUCGGCGACGGCUCCUUUGACAAGGCUAUGGCAGAGUUCAAGAAAAAGUUCAAAGACAAGUCGGGCCUGACCUGGGAUAAUCGCCUAGAUCCUCCCAAAAAGGGAAAGUACACGUUCAUUGAAAAGAACUACGAGGAAGAAGGCGAGGAGGAUGAAGGGGCUGAAGAGGCUGAAGGCGCAAAGGACAAGCCAGAAGUCGAGAGUGUUUUGCCCGGGCCGGUUCAGGAUCUCAUGUCCUUCAUUUUCAACAAAGACCACUUCCUUUCGGCAAUGGCGUCAAUGUCGUACGAUGCAAAAAAACUUCCUCUAGGGAAGCUGAGCAAAAGGACGCUACGCUCCGGAUUUCAGCUGUUGAAGGAUCUUUCGGAGCUGAUGAACAACCCUACCCUGGCCACCACCAAGUACGAUACUUCCAUCGCGGAAGCAACAGCAUAUCUCAGUGACCAGUACUUUACGACAAUCCCUCACGAUUUUGGUCGGAACCGACCUCCUGUGUUGAACUCGGAGCAGGCCAUCAAACGAGAGCUUGAGCUUCUUGAGGCCCUCACCGAUAUGGAGGUUGCCAAUGGUAUCAUGAAGGAGUCCAGGGAUGCGGACACGAUUCACCAACUUGACCGUCAAUUCCAGAGCCUUAACAUGAGGGAAAUGACUCCAUUGAGCCGUACUUCUACUGAGUUCAAGGAGUUGGAAGCGUAUCUCCAGCUGUCUCGGGGAGCCACCCACCAUAUCAAGUAUUCGGUGAUGAAUAUCUUCCGAAUUGAACGAGAGGGCGAGAACGAUCGUUUCAUGUCGUCCAAGUAUGCGAAGCUGAAGAAUAGCAACCGGCGUCUGCUGUGGCACGGUUCUCGCAGUACCAACUUCGGUGGUAUCCUGAGCCAGGGUCUCCGCAUUGCACCCCCCGAAGCUCCGGCUACUGGUUAUAUGUUCGGAAAGGGAGUCUAUUUUGCCGAUAUGUCCAGCAAAUCGGCCGGCUACUGCUGCCACUACUCCAGUGCGAACAUGGGUCUCCUGCUUCUGUGCGACGUGGAACUGGGAGAGCGCAUGCUGGAGCUGGUCAACGGCAACUACAAUGCGGAUCAGGACUCGAAGAAGCAGGGCAUGAUUGCUACUCUCGGCCAGGGAAUGUCGGUUCCGGGCGGCUGGAAGGAUGCAGGCUGCGUCCACCCCAGUUUGCAGGGGGUCUCGAUGCCGGAUAUGGAGACGCCCUUGGAUAGAAACACCGGCAAGUGCCUGCAGUACAACGAAUACAUCGUUUAUGAUGUGGCACAGAUUCGGCAGAGAUAUCUCUUCCAAGUGAAGAUGUGA